AUGGAUCUCGCAAAGACUUUGGUGCGCUCCGUCGUGCGGGCGUUCUACGAGACCAAGCACAUUCUCAUUAUCGAUGCGCUUGUAAUUCACUCGGCACUACGCGACGAUGACUUGGCCUAUCUCAUCAGCAUGAACAUUAAAGAUCUCCACAAGAUGUGCCAGAAGCUCAAGGAAGAUCGUUUGCUCGCAUCACACUCUCGAUCCGAGCUUCGCGAAGGGCAGCAGCGGCCCAACAACCGUACCUACUACUACAUCGACUACCGGCAGACGAUUGACGCCAUCAAGUGGCGCGUCUACAAGAUCGACAAGGACCUCCAGGGCCCCGUCGUGCCCCCCAGCGAGAAAAAGGAGUACUUUUGCGACCACUGCAAGGCCGAGUGGACCCAGAUGGAGGUGCUCGACAGCGUCGGCCCGGCCGGCUUCCUGUGCCACCGCUGCGGCACCGUCCUGCGCCAUGGCGACGGCGGAAAGUCGGGUGGCCACGAGCGGAGCACGCGCAUGAACAACCAGUUCAAGUUUAUCACGGACCUGCUGCCCAAGAUUGACAGCGUCGUCAUCCCCGACAACGAUUUCGAGGCGGCCUUCAACAGCCGGCGGGCCGUGAUGCGCGACGCCAUGCACCAGACGCACACGAGCAUUGGCGUGGACGCCAUGAACCGGCCGACAGCCGUCAAGGGCAUGGCCAACACGGGCCCGAGCACGCUGUCCGUGUCGAUCCAGGCCGGCAAUGGGCCGACGGAGGAAGAAAAAGCCGAGGAACGCGCGCAGCGCGAGCGCGUGGCCCAGCAGAACGCGCUGCCGAGCUGGAUGUCCAGCAGCACAAUCACGGGCGAGGCGUUCAAAACGGACCAGGUGGCAGGCGUCCAGGCGCUGGACGACGACGUCAAGCACCCGACAGCCAAGGCCAAGACGGACGCCACGGCCGAGGCCGACAUUGACGACUACUUUUCGCGGCUCAAGCGGCAGGCGGCCGAGGAGGCGCAAAAAAACCAAAACGGCAACGACGACGACGGGGAGGACGACGAAGACGACGACGACGACGACGAAGAUGACGAGGCCAUGUUCGAGGACGUGGUGCAGACGGGCAACAACUCGGGCGCGGCCACCCCCGCCAGCCCGGGCGGAGGGCUGGCGCCGCCGCCGCCACGAAACGCGGCAUCGCCACCCCGGUCAACGCCGUUUGGUGUGGGCAACGGCACCAGCACACUGCCCAAGGCGCCAUCGCCUCUGCGCCAAGCACACUCGCAGAGCAGCCUGAAGCGAGAGGCCAUGUCCGACCCGCCAAGCCCAACAAGCUCGCCUAAGAAGAUGAAGUUGGAGGACGGGGCGACCGAACCCGCUGCAGAACCGGCCAAGGUGGUGGUCAAAGCGGAGGCCGAAGACAGCGACGAGGACGAGGAAGGCUUUGAAUUUGAGGAUGUAUAA